CUCCUCCCGGUCCUCCGCUCCUCCUCCCGCUGCUCUUCCUCCCUCCUCCGAGCUAUUUGCCAGCCAGCCUCGACGACAGACACCCAGCCAGCCGCUCGCCGUCCCGCCGCCGCCGCCGCUGCCGCGCGGAGCCUCGACGCCCUCUGAGCCCCGGAGCCGCGGACCUCUCGGACCGGGCGGGUGUUUUCCAGCUCGGCCGCCUCCUCUUUCAACUUUUUUUGAGAUUUUAUUUUCGUCCGUCUUUUGGACCGUCCGGAGGAGGAUUUCUACCCGUUUGUCUAACUGACCCUUGAAGAAAUAUGGAGAAAAUGGCCCGACCUGUCCCGAUCAACCCCGGGUUCCUGCCGCCGGCCCCACGGCGUGCAAAGUCCCUGCUGGAGAACCCGCUCAAGCUGCCGUUCCACCACGACGAAGGUGCGUCAGGCUUCGGGAAGGAGAAGGAGAAGGAGAAGAAGCUGGAGGAGGACAGCGCGCCGCAGUCGGCGUCUGGGCCGACGCUGUGGGACAAGACGCUGCCGUACGACGGCGACAGCUUCCAGCUGGAGUACAUGGACCUGGAGGAGUUCCUGUCGGAGAACGGCAUCCCGGCCAACACGGCGCAGGCCGACGCCGCCGCUGCGCCGCAGGCCGCCCCGCCGCAGCCCGCCGCCCUGCAGCAGGCCCCGCCCCCUCCCGCCCCGGCCACGCCCUCCGUGGUCGACCUGAGCAGCCGGGCCACCACCUCGGUCCACACCGGCCUGGCCCCCCAGCCGUGCCUGCACAGCCCCGCCGCAGCGCUGCCGCUGUCCCGCGACACCCCCAGCCCCAUCGACCCGGAGUCCAUCCAGGUCCCGGUGACCUACGACCCCGACCCGGCCGACCUGGCCCUGUCCAGCGUGCCCGGCCAGGAGAUGUUCGACCCCAGGAAGCGCAAGUUCUCCGCCGAGGAGCUGAAGCCGCAGCCCAUGAUUAAGAAGGCCCGCAAGGUCUUCAUCCCCGAGGACCUGAAGGACGAUAAGUACUGGGCGCGGCGCAGAAAGAACAACGUGGCGGCGAAGCGGUCCCGGGACGCGCGGCGGCUGAAGGAGAACCAGAUCGCCAUCCGGGCCGGCUUCCUGGAGAAGGAGAACGCCGCGCUGCGCAUGGAGGUGGCGGACUUGAGGAAGGAGCUGGGCCGCUGCAAGAACAUUGUGGCCAAAUACGAGGCGCGGCACGGGCCGCUGUGAGCCCCGCCCACUCCCGCCCCUCCUGGCCCUGGUUUGAAGGACUACGUGUCCCCCCGCCCCCGCCCCCGCCCCCCACCGUGUGAUUCUGGUAUAUAAGCUUCGAUCUGUUCGCUCCUCUUUCUCACUGUCCUGCUCGCGACGAUCCGCCGGUCCGUACAGAUCUCUAUAUUUCCACAGGUCAAAGGUCGAGUGAGGAGGACUGCAGGAUGGCGUCCGGCCACCGGGGGGAGCCUGCAGCCCCACUGCGCCCCCCGCUGGCCUGGCGCCGUCCUGCAGGACCAGAGUGACCAGCUGAACUUUAAAUGUAUCGUGAGGACUUUUGAGCUCCGCCCCCAUCCUCAGCCCCGCCCCCUGCUCUAGCCCCGCCCCCUGAGAAUCGAUGCCAUGCUGUUUGCUCUUCACUUUCAUACUGAUUUUAUAUGAGAUCAGAACUGAACCCCCCUCAGACCCUCAGCCCCCCCAGCCUCCUCAGUCCACACCCUCCUUGCUUUACGUCCUCCUCCUCCUCCCCUUCCUCCUCCUCUUCCUCCUCUUCCUCCCCUUCCUCCUCCUCUUCCUCCUCUUCCUCCUCUUCCUCCUCUUCCUCCUCUUCCUCCUCUUCCUCCUCCUCCUUGAUUAACCAGCCGUUCUCCAUCCUCCUUUCUUUCUGUCAAACCGGACACUGAGCAAUAAUUCCAGAGCUGACCCCUCGACCCCCACACCUUCCUCCUCCUGUAACCAGCCGACCCUAGUUGACCCCUAGUUGACCUCUGCACUAAUGCGUCUCACAAUCUGACCCGGUGUAAAGUUUCCUCUCUCUCUUUCUUUCCUCCUCCUCCUCAUAUUUAUCUCCCUUUUAUUUCUCAGAUGGAAGAUUGUUGUUUUUUAUAUAUAUAAAUAUGAAUAAAUCUAUGAAUCUGUAUUCUGUU